CAGUGUUGUUUUAUCACAAUCACCAUCGAGCCUUCCCCAACUUUGGAAGAAAGCUUCAAUAUCAUCGGGUUCUAAUAUGAACAGUUCUGAUGAAAAUGAUUUAUUUUUAAAUAUGGAACAAGAAGAUUAUGAAGGGCCAACACUAGGAAAUAGCAUUCCUACCCCUCGAAAUACGCUGUCACGUUGAUCUGUAUGUACCUUGACAAGGUUCACACAGCACACCUGUCUUUAUUUACAACAAUAGCGGCCGAAAUAACGCGUCCGCUUUUACCAUCAGGCAGCCGAAAACUUUGAUCUAUCUUUUAUUGUAAAAAUAAUACUCUCCAGGGAUAGCAAUUACCAUCGCUACUUAACUGUGACCAAAACUAUCUUUUUUUAGCCGAAACUUAUUCAGUGUGUUAAGUGCAUUAAACAAUAAGUUAAGUCCGAACCAUUUGUGUACCGACGCAUAUUUCAUGCGGUUAGGUUAUAAGUGAAUGAAAAAAGUUUUUUUUUAAUUGAGACUAUUAAUUUUAGUUUUGUGAUAAGCGUAUGGUGAACAGUUAUAUCUAUGCGUUUGUUUUAUUGACCAUAAUGAUUCACACAUUCGAUACAUACCAGUUAUAAAUGUGUAUUGAAGAAGCGUUCAGCUCUGAUAAGUCGUGACAAUCCAUCCAAAUAUCCGAGAUUAAUCGGUGAACUGUAAUUGUGAAAUAUUUUGCAUCUAUUACACCCUCCAUCGACCAUCAACGAAACCAACAUGAACGUUCUGGAGCAAUUUAAAGCGACACCACUGACGCUAAGCAAACUACCAGCAUCGUUCAUCGAGGCGAAUCCUUCCGAAAGUGGACAAGUGCCUUCGGAUCAUCUGCAGAGCACCACACGACAACCGUUCGGUUCGAGCAAUGUUUACAAAACAAGCAUACUCCAUUAUCGUGUCCUGGCCGAGGGUGACGACGUGAAGACGGUGUACGAAGCCGCAAUUAAACUUCCACCGAACAUGGAAGAAGAAUAUUUUCCAGGCGAUGCAAUCGGAAUUCUUACGUACAACCUGGCCAGCGAGGUAGAUUACGUGCUGGACCGGUUGCAUCUUCUUGAAUCGGCCGAUCAAACGUACGAAGUUAAGCUGGCAAAACCUAUAAAGAAGAAAAACCCGGAAUUACCACAUUACGUGCCGAAGUACGUCACACCGCGGAGACUUCUCUCCGAGUGCUUGGACAUUCGGAUUACACCCCGAAAGGGGUUGCUACAGGCCAUGGCUAGCCACACGGCAGAUGAGUGUGAAAAGCGUUUGCUAGAGAUUUUAUCUUCGAAAGAAGGUUCCAACCUUUACAAUGAAUUGAUCCUGAAGAACGAGAUGAACUUCCUGCACGUGCUAAAGUACGUGGCUACCUGUAGGCCACCAUUGGCGAUGCUGAUUGAACAUCUGCCACGGCUUCAAGCACGACCCUAUUCUAUAGCGAGCUAUGGACGGGAGAACCACAUCCGUAUUGCCUUUGCUAUGCUGAACGAUGGGCAUGUUGGCAUCACGACGCACAUGCUCGAAAGCAAAUUGCUGCAUCCAAACAAAUGGGACAAAUAUCUGUACAUAUACCUGCGCCAGUUGAAACCUGUCUUUAACUAUCGCGAAGAGGAUCUCGAACGAAACAUUAUAAUGAUCGGACCGGGUACUGGUGUGACCCCGUACAUUGGCUUCCUCGAGUAUCGCAAGCAGAUGAAGAGUUCUAAUCGAAAGAUUAAGAUGGGAUCUGCUUGGUUGUUGGCAAGCUGCCGCUACCAGGAUCGCAACUAUCUUUACGAGAACGAGUUGAAGGGUUUCAUGCAAGCCAGUGUGCUGGAUCGGUUGCAUGUAGCUUCGUCCCGUGAUGAGGACAGCCAGUACAAGUAUGUGCAGGACAUCAUCGAGGAUAGAAAGGAGGAGCUGGUGGAGCUACUGCUUGACGACACCACAAAGCUUUAUCUCUGCGGGGAAGGUCGCACCAUGCUUCCCCGCAUUCAGGACACGAUAGUGACGUGCAUGAGUAAAGUAAAGUCUAUACCCAAAGCAGAAGCAGCCGACCUGCUGGCGGAGUAUAAGAAGACGGGGAAGUAUCUGUACUAUUCGAUGAUACGAUACUGAGUGGAUUUUUGUUUGUUGGCGAUGUGUGUAGAAAUGGCUGUAUAAUACAAGAAGCCCAUAUUUAUAACUGACAACCUGCUGAGUAGUUUAUAAUAAAUGAGUUCGGACGUUCGAUUACGUUAAACAAUCGACUACUGAAAGUUUGUUCCUUAUUUCAAAGAACAGAGUAAUUUAGAAACCAAUGCAAAAGUAAGGAA